AUGGCGUCGAACAACUCGCUGCCUGUGAGGAAGGUCAAUGAUAAGCUCAUUUUUGUUCAAGUUUUGGUCUCGUGCUUUCUUUUCAUCAACCUCCUUCUGAUCACAACAUUUUUCAUGAAUGAUUUCUUCUACACGAUCAUGCGUUACAUCUUGUUUACCACCAUGCUGCUGUCUGAUUGCCUGUUUUUAAUACUGGCCGACGCCCUGCUCGUUUUGAACUCCUUGCAUAUUGUCAUUCAGAUGUGGUUGUGUCUUACUAUGUAUAUUUUUUUGUCUUUGAACACAUUUGUCACCCCUGUAACUCUGACAGCAAUGACUCUGGAGAGAUAUGUGGCCAUCUGCAUGCCGCUGAGACAUGGAGAGCUGUGCUCCACACUCAGCGCUGUGCGCUGGAUCUACAUCAUCCACGGCCUCAGCUUUGUACCCUGCUUCGUUACUCUCUCUACUUUCUUUGCAUCAGCCUCCCACACCUUCUACACCCAGCGCAGGCUCUGCUCUGUGGAAAUAUUCAUUUUGUACAGGUGGCAGGGUUACCUGAGGUCAGCUAUAAGCCAGUUGUACUUCUUGAUCAUGUGCAUCAUCAUUUUUUUCUCCUACAAUGGAAUCAUGAAAGUGGCCAAAGCUGCAUCAGGAGAGGACAAAAAGUCGACACAAAAAGGCCUCAGGACUGUGACUCUUCAUGCUUUCCAGCUGUUCCUCUGUCUCAUCCAUAUGUGGUGCCCGUUCAUCGAGAAUGCUGUCAUGCAGAUUAAUUUUUUGGUAUAUGUUAACCUUAGGUACUUUAAUUAUGUGACUUUUAUUCUUUUGCCACGAUGUCUGAGUCCUCUCAUUUAUGGCCUCAGGGAUAAGAUGUUCUUUCAGGCUCUGAAACAUUAUGCUCUCUGUGGCUUGUACAAGAAACAUAUAGCAUAUUAA